GCGUACACAAAAUUACACAGGGUCCGUGGGAUUCACAAAAAUGCCCCAAAGCUAAUAUUCCAUCCAUUUAAACACUUUCGAAGUCGUUAAAAUGAACACUUUCGUUUUUAUUUUGAGGUUAUGUAAAUAAAUUUUGAGGUUAAGCAAUACAAGUCGUUUGUAAAUUAUAAAAAGCAUAAAAAUGUUUCCGAGUAAUAUGGCAUUGGUAAAAUUGGCUUCGGUUGGUGGAAUUUUAACAGUUACGAUGGGUUUAGCAUAUCGAUGGCAAGUGAAUAAGAGAGUGUGCGAAUUUGAACCGUAUAGAGCCACCUUUAAAAUUGUACGUGCCCAUAAAGGAGCUGUUGAAUUAUUAGGAGAACCUAUAAAAGAUAAAUUAGUUGAUAUUGGGAAUACAGAGAAAAAUUACACCAAAGAUCUUGCAGCACAAUAUGAAGUACCGGUUAGUGGUACUAAGCAACGAGGGACAGUUUAUUUUUGGGCUGAUCGUGAAGGAAUUGAUAAACCAUGGAAGAUUAGUCGUAUCGAAUUAGGCUUAAAAGAUGAACCAGAGCGAAGAUUAUUAAUAAGUGGUGGGGUUGAUGUUAAAAAUGUCUUGUAAUUUCUUUUUCUAAAUACAAUUACCAAAUA